AUGACAAAGGAAGUGACAAAUGAAGAAGUGAUACAUGAGGAUGAGAUAAGUGAAGAGAUACCUGUAGAAUAUCCUAUACCAGAUAUAGAAUCUGAGAUAACUGAAGAAGAUAGUGAUAUAGGUCCAGAUAGUAGUGAAUUACAGAUUGAGAGUGACAGAGAUGAAUCGACAGGAAUGAAUAUAGUGUUAGACGAGAGAGCAGAAUCCGAAGAAGAAACAGAAUCUAUUCGUAGUGAAGAAGUUGCUGAAGGAAUUAUAGAAGAUGAGAUUACUGAAGGAAAUUUAGAAGUACAGAAUGGAGAUAUAGAGGAACAGAUAACAGAAGGUGCUGAAGGAGAUAUAGUGCAUAUUACAGAGAAACAGGAAAAUACAAAACAGAUUAUUGAGGAACAUGAUAAUACAGAAGAGAAGAAAGCCCCAAUCCCGAAACCUAGAAAGAGCGAAAGAAAGAAGAAACCACCAGACCGUUAUGGGGAAUAUGUCUAUUCCUUAACAAGACCUAUAGACAAUAAGCUACAUUCAUUGGAUACUUUAAUGCGGUCAGGAGUUUUAAACAAUAUGGAUAGUGAAACAGCACAUCGGAUCAUACAGAGUAUUAUGAGUACGGAUUCAAAGUGAAAUGUGUUGAAAGAUUUUAAUAUACUGCGUUUUAUCGGAUUUUAACAUAAUUCAUUGGCGUGUCACAUAUUUGCGAUAAAUUGUAGACUUAAAAUUUACCCGCGAGACGCGAAUUUUUUUGCUGGGGGAGAAAAUGGUGGUAAAUACCUUAUCGCAAGGUAUUUAGCUAGUGUAAAAUACUAAAAUAAUUUUUGUUGGCUGUACAUGUUUUGAUAGAUGUACUUUAAUUUGUACUGGUAUUUGUUCUGGUUAGUACGAAAGCACUAAUUGGUACAAAUCGUUUAGUAUAUUAAUACUGCAAGAGAUAUAGGUAUUGUGUGUUGAAAUAUGCAAUUGUACAUUGACAGACUUAUGACGGGACGUCAUUUUACAAAGAGGGGGAGUAUGUGACAGGUCCGAGUUUUAUCAGGGUUAUUCUGUGUUUGUUUUACUGAUAGUCACAGUGUGAGGAGGCGGUUGAGUGAGUUUAUGCAGGUGUUAUUUAUAAUUGUGGACAGUGCCAUACACUGGUCACCUUGUUGUUAAUCACCUUGUAUCUUACGUUUGGAGAGGAGUAGUUUGUGAAGUGGAAUGGACAUGAUCAUGAUAUAAAAUAUGUGUAACAUAUCAGGUGUUUUAUAUAUACAGUAUAAUAAUAUUAAGUAGAACUGCUA